AGCGGGGCCCUCGGGGGGCCGGGAUGCGUGCACGGUGCCGGACGGUGGCCAUGGCGUCGGACGAGCGGCUGGCCCGCUUCCGCCAGGCGCACCUGAACCCCUUCAACAAGAGCCCCGAGCAGCCGGAGCGCGCCGAGGGGGAGCCCCCUGCCCCAGCCCAGCAGGCGGACCCCCCCCCGGGGGACCCCGAGGGCGCCCUGGACCUGGGGCUGGCCGAGGACCACUUCUCCCGGCCCGUGGGGCUGAUCCUGGCGUCGGACGUGCGCCAGCUGCGCCGCGCCAUCGAGGAGUGCAAGCGGGUGAUCCUGGCGCUGCCCGAGCACUCGGAGCGCCAGAAGGACGCCGUGGUGCGCCUCAUCCACCUCCGCCUCAAGCUGCAGGAGCUCAAGGACCCUGGUGAGGAUGAGCCCAACAUCCGGGUGGUCCUGGAGCACCGCUUCUACAAGGAGAAGAGCAAGAGCGUCAAGCAGAUGUGUGACAAGUGCAGCACCAUCAUCUGGGGGCUCAUCCAGACCUGGUACACCUGCACAGGCUGCUACUACCGCUGCCACAGCAAGUGCCUGCCGCUGGUGAGCCGGCCGUGCGUGCGGGCCCAGGUCAGCCACCAGGCGGAGUACCAGCUCAGCAUCUGCCCCGAGAGCGGGCUGGACAGCCAGGACUACCGCUGUGCCGAGUGCCGGGCCCCCAUCUCCCUCCGGGGGGUGCCCAGCGAGGCCCGGCAGUGCGACUACACCGGCCUCUACUACUGCUCCAGCUGCCACUGGAACGACCUGGCCGUGGUGCCCGCCCGGGCCAUCCACAACUGGGACUUCGAGCCCCGCAAGGUGUCACGGUGCAGCAUGAGGUACCUGGCACUGAUGGUGUCACGGCCGGUGCUGAAGCUGCGCGAGAUCAACCCACUGCUCUUCAACUACGUGGAGGAGCUGGUGGAGAUCCGGAAGCUGCGCCAGGACAUCCUGCUGAUGAAGCCCUACUUCAUCACCUGCAAGGAGGCCAUGGAGGCACGGCUGCUGCUGCAGCUGCAGGACCGGCAGCACUUUGUGGAGAACGACGAGAUGUACUCGCUGCAGGACCUCAUCGACAUCGAGGCCGGGCGCCUCGGCUGCUCCCUCACCGAGAUCCACACGCUCUUUGCCAAGCACAUCAAGCUGGACUGCGAGCGGUGCCAGGCCAAGGGCUUCGUGUGUGAGCUGUGCCGGGAGGGUGACGUGCUCUUCCCCUUCGACAGCCACACCUCGGUCUGCGCCGACUGCUCCGCCGUCUUCCACAGGGACUGCUACUACGACAACUCCACCACGUGCCCCCGCUGCGCCCGGCUGAGCCUGCGGAAGCAAUCCUUGUUCCAGGACUCCGGCACGGAGGGGGAGCCCUGAGGGGGUCUGGCCCCUUUGUGGGGUCUCAGGCCCAAGGCUGCCCCCACCCCACCCACCACAGGGCCCUGGGAUGGACACAAUCAGCCCAGCGGUGGUUUGGGGACUGGGGUGGGCCUGGCUCUGCCAUCCUGUGCUCAUGGACACGACAGCACUGCUGGAGCCCAGCCCUUCCCGGGAGCGCAGAGAGCCUCACCGGAGGGGCAGGAUCGGGUUAACCGGGAUCCGGUAAAGGCUCCGCAGCGGCUCCUGCCGCCCCUGCCUGGGCUGGUGCUGCUGUGCUGCCCUGCAGUGACAGGUGCUGGCAGGAGGGCUCAGCCCUGGCAUCGGGGUGGGACCGAGUCCCUCCCACACACAACACCGGACUCUGGUCCCUCCCCAGCCCACGGCACCACCGUUACCGGGCCGAGCCCCGGGGGGAUGCUGCAGGAUCUUCCCGGGGCUGGAGCGGGUGCGGUGUGGAGCCGCUGCCUCCCCUUCUCGCCGCUGUUUCUGUAGCAUUAAGGAGCCUCUUUGCGCAACCCAGCACUCGUGUCCCUGCUUCGGGCGGCGAGGGGGGCACG